CUCAGAGAUGAACAACUCCGUAACGCCUUCUACGUAUGUGCGCUGCCUUGGUUAUGGCAUGAUGAGGCAACUGGCAGAUUUCAUCGAUCCACAGGAAGGAUGGAAGAAACUAGCAGCAGACAUAAAAAAUCCAUCUGGUACAGAGAGAUACAACCAAAUGCAUAUAAGGAGAUUUGAAGCAUUAAAGCAAGUGGGGAAGAGCCCCACCUGUGAACUGCUUUAUGACUGGGGGACACUAAACUGUACAGUUAGUGAUCUGGUGGACCUGCUGAUCAGAAAUCAGUUCUUAACGCCAGCCAGCCUUUUGCUUCCAGAUUCUGUAAGAGUGACAGACAAUACUACAGCGACAUUACCUUUACAAGAAACUAUGCCAAAAUAUGACCUAGAAACUCCUUUAGAGAAAAAACAAAUGACAUCUGUAGUGCCACUCUCGACUCCAGAUAUCGGGCACUUCGCUGUGGCUUCUUGUAGCCUAAUGACAGAAGAGAACACCUUGCAUUUGAAUGACACAGGGUUAAAGAGUUUUUUGUUUCAUGACCUGCAAAGCGUUACAAAUAACUUUGACGAUCGAAUGGUAUCAGCCGGUGGUAACAAGCUGGGUGAAGGAGGCUUUGGAGUUGUAUACAAAGGAUGCAUUAAUGGCAGAACCGUGGCAGUGAAAAAGCUUUCUGCUGUGGCUGAUGUAAGCCUUCAAGACCUGAAGCAGCAGUUUGAACAAGAAAUAAAGAUCAUGGCAAAAUGCCAGCACGAGAACCUAGUAGAAUUGAUUGGUUUUUCAAGUGAUUUCGACCAGCCGUGUCUAGUUUAUGAUUAUAUGCCAAAUGGGUCACUACUUGACAGGCUAGCUUGUCUGGAUGAUACUGCACCAAUUCCUUGGAGGACAAGGUGUAACAUUGCUCAAGACGCAGCCAAUGGCAUUUGCUAUUUACAUGAAAAUAACCACAUUCACAGAGAUGUUAAAAGUGCAAAUAUCUUACUGACUGAGGAGCUGGUGCCGAAACUUUCCGACUUUGGACUUGCAAGGGCAUCAGUAAGGUUCACACAUACAAUCAUAACAGACAGAAUAGUAGGGACAGCUGCAUAUAUGGCACCGGAAGCUUUGCGUGGAGAAAUAAGUCCUAAAUCAGACAUUUUUAGCUUUGGUGUGGUGUUACUUGAAAUAAUAACAGGUCUAAAACCCAUGGAUGAAAAUCGGGAUCCGCAGCUACUGCUGAGUAUCAAAGAGGAAAUAGAAGAUGAAGAAAUGACUAUUGAAGAUUACAUUGAUGAGAAGAUGAGCAAUUGGAACCUCACAUCAGUGGAACAGAUGUAUUCAGUUGCUUGCCAGUGCCUGAAUGAAAAGAAGAGCCGGAGGCCGGAUAUUAAAAUGGUCAAGCAACACUUACAAGAAAUACUGCUUGACUGA